GCGUUGUGCUUAGCAAUGACAGCCAUGGUUCAUCCAUGCUUGUGUCCUUCCAACCAAGGGUUGCUUUGCCUUGGUUUCUCGCCAGACGAGCAUGUUACUCUAUGGUAGUUGGCCCACCGCCGCAAAAUGGCCAAAAGGGCGCGACGGGGCCAGGCAGGCGCGACGGGGCCAGGCAGGGCGCGACGGGGCCAGGCAGGCGCGGCGGGGCCAGGCAGGUGAGAACGAAUAAUGACUAGAGGUGGAAACCUAGAACAAAUACUAGUUGGUUGUACUCACUAGAAGCAUACCUCAGUCUAGCAUAUAACUUCUACAUAGAUAAUAUGUAUAAGUUGACACGCUAAUCAAUUCCGAUGACUGCUCUUCGCUAUCCCAUCCCGAGAUGAUGUUCAUGUGCUUGUCCUGCCGGAUCUCGAGCUACGAUAACCGUGCGACCGCCUGACGACUUAGCCGUGCAUUGAAAUCGCUCGUGUUGAGACCGUUCGCUUUCUCCAUGUCGGUUUCAGCCGCAGCAGCGAAUCUGAUGACACUAACGCAUCAGCUCGGGGAGCGGUCAUUUCCGACAUGCAGUGAAUCUGGAAAAUGGAUGGUACGGCCCUGCGCAUUCUCCAGCAGCAGCGGCGAUUGCGGGACGGAGAUUGGCCAAUGGGGGAGGGGCAAGAGGCGGAAGCAACGGUGCGCUGCUGUUAGCGGAGGGGGAAGCUCAGGGGGCGGAGGGGGAGGAGGCGACGGCAUUGAUAAAGUCCGCCUUCUGAUUGGUAUGGCGACAAGGGAUGACAAGAAGAGAGGGUUUGGCCCACCGCCUCCUAAAGACAAGGCUGCUGGCUCAGGCCUUGUCAAUCUCACAGGCCGAGAGGACCUGAUGGCUGGACGCCGGGAGUUUGACCUCCCUUUUUCCUCCUCCACGCCUCCCGAAGCCCUGCUGGCUCAGGCUCGGGCCCGAACCAAGGCCCGCACAACUGCUCAGUCUCGGGCUCGGCAAGCUGAAGGGUCGGGAGAUGGGGAGAAACUUAGCGAUGGGGAGGGGAACAGGCAAGCUGGCAAUGAAGUGAGGGAGGUGGAUUUGGAAGGGAGUGGCAGCAGCAGCGACACAGUGUCUGCCAGUUCUGGGAUCAAUGGAAGUGCAUUUGAGCAUUCUUCACCUACCUCUACUGGUCUUCCAUUGGAUCUCACGCCAGCUGAAGCAGUGAUUUCGGCUGGCAUGCUCGCUCUGACGGUGCUGGCUGUGGGGAAAGGCUCAAGAGGCUUCAUGUCUGAUGAUGUCAUUUGGCUCUUACAGGUUUGGAUGGGUAUCGCUUGGACUACUCACUGCUCUCUUGGUGCAUUCGCUGCAUUCAUAUGCCAACAACCAGGCAACCAGCUCCCUGCAUCAUCUUCCAGCAAGUGGUUUGUCAAGAUCUCACUUGCUGGUUUCCUAGCGUUUUCUGAUUUCUGGAGAAUAUGGAGACAACAUUAAUCUCAGAGUAACGAAUUUUAGUAGAAUGAGGGGUGGUUGUCAAAUUAUAUACCGUAAUCCCCCGUAUAUAAGACCCGCCGAAAUAGUCAGCCCAUGGGUGGCAUAUGCGGGGGAUAGCUUAUGAUAUGGCGCAUUUUUUAGAGUACCCGCUUUUCUGGGUAUGAAUUUUACAUAACACCCUGCUCGUUUUUCUUG